AUGGCUGACUUAAGACAGCGCAAAGAGGAUUUUGUAACGGGCUUGACCGGCGGCACAAUUGAAGAAAUCAAUUGGGUAACAUCUGUGGCUAUUUGCUCAUACAUUUGCUGGAAUUUAGUAAGAUCAUCAAUUAAGAACGGAAUCGCAAACUCCGUUGUCGACUUCUUUUUUAAUUGGUGCGGAAUCCUCCUCGCACUUACCACAUAUGCAAAUAAUCCUGGGGCCCUAAAUGUGCUGUUACUGGGUCCCUGCCUGGCAAUUUGGAUUUUGAUGAAGAAAUCAUCAAGAGCGAGCAUGACGAAGUUCGAACCCAGAGAGACCAGGCAUUCGCGCCAAGAUGAUAGCAACACCACACUUGUGAAACGCCCAUUCAUUACCGUCUACCGCGGGAGUAUGAUGGUAAUUACCGUCUUGGCCAUACUUGCUGUGGAUUUUCAAAUCUUUCCGCGUAGAUUCGCUAAAGUGGAAACAUGGGGCACUUCAAUCAUGGAUCUUGGGGUGGGAUCUUUUGUGUUUAGUAACGGUGUGGUGUCCUCUAGAUCGAUUUUGAAAAAUGAGCUAAGCGUUCACAAAGCAAAAUCACUCAAAAAGGCUAUUAGCGCCUUAAGGUCAAGUGGUAGCAUACUAUUUCUGGGCUUACUACGACUCUUUUUUGUGAAAAACCUUGAAUAUCAGGAGCAUGUCUCCGAAUAUGGAGUACAUUGGAAUUUUUUUAUCACGCUGGCCCUAGUACCAUUGGUUAUGGUGCCUGUUGAUCAACUUUCACCAUAUGUACCCCGAAUUGUGGUGGCAUUGACAAUGUCUGUCAUCUACGAAUUAUUUUUGGUAUUCAAGAAAGGGUUCAUUACUUUCUUAGUGAGCGGACCUCGUAAUACUUUCCUCGAGGCAAAUCGAGAGGGAAUAUUCUCAUUUAUUGGCUAUUGUGCGAUAUUUUUGUGGGGCCAAACAACUGGCUUUUACGUUUUGGGCAAUAUUCCUACCAAAAAUAAUCUGUACAAACCUUCGUCACAACCAAUAAGUAAACUUAAGACACCAAGUGGAUGGGAUAAGCUGACCUCGACAUCGCCUUUAAGCGGGCUGCUGAUUUGGUCCUUUAUAUCAAUACUCCUUUCUCAAAUCGCUUUCGCUUGGGAUCCCCUCAAUAUCUCGAGGAGGUUUGCAAAUCUUCCCUACGUACUUUGGGUUGUGUCGUACAACAUCAGCGCUCUAACACUAUACUGCAUUGUUGAUGUGUUUUUCGGUAACACGCCCAAAAACUAUCAAACUCCUCCAUCUUUAGAGGCCCUAAACUCGAAUGGUUUACUUUUAUUUCUUGUUGCAAAUGUAUCAACGGGUUUAGUUAAUAUGGCCAUGCCUACUAUCGAUGCUUCCCCAUUACAGGCAUUUCUGGUCUUACUAGCAUAUUCCAUCUUUUUGGCUUUGACUGCUGGCGUAAUGUUCAAGAAACGGAUUUUUAUAAAGCUGUGA